AUGACUGGCAUCGAAGUCGGCAACUCAUGCAAAGACCCAGCUGCAGAAACACUUGUUGGGAAGUUUGGGAGCAGAGGCGAUGGUCAACCGAAAGUGGGACAGCGAGCCGUCCAGGAAGCCAUGCGGAGGGUACAAGAAGGGGAUUCUCAGACAAGGAUACAGAGAACUCUGCCACAACAUCAGGCACGAUUCGAAGGGCACACACCCAUCAAAUUCGAGGCUCUGAGGACGGUUAACGCUGGCGCUGUGGUCUCGACAUCAUCGCUAGUCACUGCCAGUGACGAAACGCAGUCCACGAACACCACCCUGCAGCAACAACAAAAGUUGGUGAGUUCAACAGCAGAUACUGGACCACAAGGUGUGGUGGAAGAUGAAGAUGAGGAUGCAGAGUACGAGGUUGAGGAGUUGCAGAGGUGUUGUUCGACAGACGUGCCGAGGAGACCGCCAGGUCCAGUCCAACAACGUGUGUCUUUGGAACCUUCGACCUGA